AUGGACGAUGUAGUGAAUGAAGGAGAGAGUAGUUCGGAAAGUAAUAAUCCAGUGCAGGCAAUGAACUAUGCAGUUGAUACGCAAAAGAAUCUGGUAAAGAUAGUAGAUGAGCAAUCCAUAUUCAUUCAAAAACUCAAAAAGGCUGUUUUUAAAAUGGUCGAGUAUAGAAAUGCUGUUUAUUUCAUAGACACAUUCGGAGAUUGCUUUGUGAUAGAAACAACUCCCAAGUUUUUGUUUGGUGUACUUUCCCAUCCAUGUGAUUUUGAGAUUAUUAACGACAGAAUCUAUUCGGUUGAUAAGUAUAGUAGAGUGUGGGUUCACAGCUUGCAGGGCGAGAUAAUCAAUAUCGCAUUCAUUGGAGAGAAGAUACUUAAGUGCUGCUUUAGAAAGGACAUGUGCGUUAUAGUGACUAAUAAAGAACCAAACACUGUGAGCUAUUACGCAAAGGAAGAGUCCAGCCGAAAAGAGCGCUAUUUUUUUCUUUUUAAUUGCAACUUUGAACCAUACUGCGAGCCGUUUGUAGAGGAAUGUAUUAACAAAUGUAUAAAGCUAAUGGCUGAUACCAACCUCUUUUAG